AUGUCUGAGCUCAAGAUCGCAAAGAUCGACGUCUUCCAGGCCGAGCUGCCCUACUCUGGUGGUGUCUACCGGCUUUCUGGCGGACGAGAGUACCGCAGCUUCGAUGGCACCUUCGUCCGUAUCACCACCAACACAGGCAUCGAGGGCUGGGGCGAGAGCACUCCCUUUGGCUCGACCUAUAUUGCUGCCCAUGCUCUCGGUGUGAGGGCGGGUAUCGCCGAGAUCGCCCCAUGGCUCAUCGGCCUCGACCCUCGGAGGCUGGACCGCAUCAACGAGGCUAUGGAUGCUGCUCUUGUUGGUCAUGAGCAUGCCAAGACUCCCAUCGAUAUUGCCUGCUGGGAUAUCUUUGGCAAGUCGGUCGGCCUCCCUGUGUGCGAGCUUCUCGGUGGCCGCACCAACGUGGGCCUCCCCAUCAUCUCAUCCAUCUACGUGGGCAAACCCGAAGAGAUGCGCAAGCGAGUGGCAGACCAUCGGGCAAGGGGCUACAUUGGGCACUCUGUCAAGAUCGAUGGCGAGCCAGUGGAAGACGCCAAGCGCAUCGCCGCCUCGCUGGCCGACAAACAGCCGGGCGAGUUCUUCCUUGUCGACGCCAACGGUGGCAUGACGGUCGAGACGGCCCUCCGCAUGCUGCGCCUUCUCCCCGACGGCCUCGACUUUGUCCUCGAGGCGCCCUGCGCGACGUGGCGCGAGUGCGUCUCGUUGCGGCGGAGGACCAACAUUCCCAUCCACUUUGACGAGCUCGCCACCAGCGACGCGUCCAUCGUGCACAUGAUUGCUGAUGAUGCGGCCGAGGGUUUCGGUAUCAAGAUCUCCAAGAACGGCGGCCUGACAAAGAGUCGACGUCACAGGGACAUUGCCCUCGCGGCUGGUUACACCAUGAGCUGCCAGGAGACGACUGGAUCCGAUGUCGCAUUUGCGGCUAUUGUUCACCUGGGGCAGACCAUCCCCGAGAGACACCUCCGGUGCAUUCUUGAGUGCCGUGACAUGGUCAAGGUCAAGACUGCCGACGGCAACUUCACAGUCAGGGAUGGACGUGUGCAGGCGCCCACAGAACCGGGGCUGGGCAUUACGCCUCGAAUGGAUGUGAUGGGCGAGCCUGUUGCCAGCUACUCUUGA